CCAGGUAUAGACACUGAGAAGGAAGAGUGUGACUUGUGAGUGAGAAGGUCAGAUGGAGCAGUAUGAAGUUUUGGAGCAGAUUGGGAAAGGUUCUUUUGGUUCUGCACUUCUUGUGAGGCAUAAGCAUGAAAAGAAGAAGUAUGUUCUUAAGAAGAUCCGUCUUGCUCGACAAACCGACAGAACCCGUCGAUCUGCUCACCAGGAGAUGGAGCUGAUUUCUAAAGUACGGAAUCCAUUCAUUGUGGAGUACAAAGAUUCAUGGGUAGAAAAGGGUUGCUUUGUAUGCAUUAUUAUUGGAUAUUGUGAAGGAGGAGACAUGGCAGAAGCUAUAAAAAGAGUUAAUGGUGUUCAUUUUCCUGAAGAGAAACUUUGUAAGUGGCUAGUUCAACUCCUGAUGGCACUUAAUUAUUUGCAUGCCAACCACGUCCUUCAUCGUGAUGUCAAGUGUUCAAAUAUAUUUUUGACAAAAGACCAAGACAUACGCUUAGGUGAUUUUGGUCUUGCCAAAAAGUUGACUUCGGAUGAUCUUGCUUCCUCUGUUGUGGGAACUCCAAGUUAUAUGUGCCCUGAACUUCUUGCCGAUAUACCUUAUGGUUCUAAAUCAGAUAUUUGGUCUUUAGGAUGCUGUAUAUAUGAAAUGGCUGCUCACAAGCCUGCAUUUAAAGCCUUUGAUAUGCAAGCUCUAAUUAACAAAAUAAACAAGUCCAUAGUGGCUCCACUUCCAACUUUGUACUCCGGUGCAUUUAGAAGUCUUGUUAAAAGCAUGUUGCGGAAAAAUCCAGAACUCAGACCGAGUGCUGCAGAGUUGCUUGGUCAUCCACAUCUUCAACCUCAUAUCCUAAAGAUUCAUAUCAAAUUAAACAACCCUAGACGGAACACUUUUCCAGUUGCUUGGUCUGAUUCCAACUACAUUAAGAAGACCACAUUUAUGGAGCCUGAAGUUGUUCCAUUUUGUACUGUCAGGGAGAAAAGGCGGUCACUCAGCAACAAUAGGACCUUAAAUCCCAGUACAUCUGGAACUGAGCAAGACUCAUCAUGUUCUUCCAAGACUGCACAAAGAUUCCCAAGUUUUUUGGAACAUAAGUUCAGUGAAGUAUCCAUUGGAAGUGUCCAUGACGAGUAUGAUAUUGAGAAGUCAGUAACAACAAAAUUUUCAACGAUUGCCAAAACUCCAAGAUUGACUCCAGUUGAAGCUUCUCCUACUCCUAGGAGACAGAUCACAAUGACCAAGAUUUCUCAUGUUGGCUCGAAACGUGAUUCACUUCCGAUGUCGCAUGCUCCAGCAAGGAACUCUUCUCAGCUUGGAAGGAGAGCAUCUCUUCCAUUAUCCACGAGAGGUGCCGCUUUGCAAACCCCUUACAGAAAUAAUGUAGGUCUCCUUUGCAGUGUGGACUCUCCAGAUGUCUCUGUCAAUGCACCGCUCAUUGACAAGAUUGCUGAAUUUCCCUUGGCCUCUUCUGAAGAUCCUCUCUUUCCUAUUCGCAAAACUUCAUCAACAUCUGCUCAGUGCUCUUCUUCUUCAGCUGACAUUGCUGACUGCUCAAUCACAAAGGACAAGUGCAUGGUGCAGGUUGUCAACAAAGCCUUCUCCAGGCGCAGCUUCUCUGACCAAAGCCAUGGAGAUACACGAAAUGGCAGCAAGUCCUCUGAACACAACGCUACAACUGGUGCAUCCAGCCGGUCAUCUUCUGAGUCACGACAGCGUCGGUUUGACACAUCAUCAUACCAGCAACGUGCGGAGGCGUUAGAGGGGCUUUUGGAGUUCAGUGCACGUCUCUUGCAACAAGAAAGGUUCGAAGAGCUUGGCGUGCUGUUGAAGCCAUUCGGGCCCGAAAAGGUUUCUCCGAGGGAAACUGCAAUUUGGUUGGCUAAAAGUUUCAAGGAGACUGCUGCGUAGUGUAAAGGGAGAUUCCUCAUAGAUAAUAGGCCACUAAAUUAUGUCGUUGCCACUUUGUACUGUGUAGACGGAGUUCGAAAAGAGCCCAAAAGAAGUCUUCAAACUCAGAAGACCUCUUAUUUAACUGGGAAUCAGAAAUAUUGGGGUUAAUGUUAACUUAACUAUAUCUCAAACUUCAGUUUGAGAGGUUAGGCUUUAGGAUUGCCAUCUUAGUACUUUUUUCGAUUGGCUAAAGAUUGUGUUUCUUAGAACUUGAGUUAACCAGUUUUGAGUAUUGAAGCCAGUUUUACGCGUGAA